GUGCGAUCUUCCUCGAAAGUGUGCAUUCGACAAUCCCGCCAACCCAGGACACCCAGCAGCAAUGGCUCCCGCUCCCCGUGUCUACUCCAAGACCUACAAGGUCCCCCGUCGCCCCUUCGAGUCGGCCCGUCUUGACUCGGAGCUGAAGAUUGUCGGCGAGUACGGCCUGCGCAACAAGCGUGAGGUGUGGCGUGUCCAGCUUACCCUGUCCAAGAUUCGUCGUGCUGCUCGUGAGCUCCUCACUCUCGACGAGAAGGACCCCAAGCGUCUGUUCGAGGGCAAUGCUCUGAUUCGCCGUCUCGUGCGCAUCGGUGUGCUCGAUGAGACCCGCAUGAAGCUCGAUUACGUCCUGGCCCUCAAGGUCGAGGACUUCCUGGAGCGCCGUCUCCAGACCUGCGUGUACAAGCUCGGCCUCGCCAAGUCCAUCCACCACGCCCGUGUCCUGAUCAAGCAGCGUCACAUCCGCGUCGGCAAGCAGAUCGUCAACGUCCCCUCGUUCAUGGUCCGCCUCGACUCCCAGAAGCACAUCGACUUCGCCCUCACCUCGCCCUUCGGUGGCGGCCGCCCCGGCCGUGUUCGCCGCAAGAAGGCCGCUGCCGCCGCCGGUGGUGACGGUGACGCCGAGGAGGAGGAUGAGGAGUAAAUUACUCGCUACCACAAAAAGUAAAUUGGGAGUACGGUCGGGUUUCGCUUUGGGCAGCUCAAACACUCUGGGAGGUUCAUGGCGACUGCAGCAUAAAGCGUUUCAUGUUGUAUGAUCAUGCAAAACAAAAUGAAUCUAUCAAACAGCCUAAUUGGCUUCAAUUCGGAACCCGAAUCUCUUGGUGCAUUCGUAUUAUCUCUCUGGGCUCGGCCUUUUACCGCUGUAGACAGUAUGUAAAAUAAUGUAAUUCCAAUAUAAUUCCCUAACGCCAUUCCCCACCCCCACGGUUUCACCUGUCAUGUUAAUCAUUGCCAGAGGCGAGAGCAGCAUCUAACUCCAGUAGCGCCUUGUCUCUAAACACCAACUAUUUGUUUCAAUGUCUCUUCCGCACCUCUGUACCAGCGACCCAUUUCCUCGAGCCCAUCGCUCUCACCCUGCUGCUUCUUGCGCUGGGCCUCGCGCGCCUGUGUAACCGCCUCGACCUUCCGUCGCUCAAGCACAGAGCACUCCCGCUCAAUGGCCUCGGCUUCCCGAGUUUUGCGAGGCAGGGUAUUUUGGACGGCAAGGAUUUGGCGGUUCAGCGCGGCCAGUUCGGCCUCCCGUUCCGAUAGUAGGGCCAUGGUAGCCGGAAGUGGUAGAUUUUGGGAGGAUCGAGGGUCGGAGGAUGUCAUACUGGCGACCUGUUUCGCGCGCAGGCCCGCGAUUGUGGACUCGAGGUUCUCGAUUGAGUCGGGGAGAGUCGAGAGCUGUGUCAUUUGGACCUCGACAUUCUUG